UUAUUUCAGCAGAAGGACUGUCAAGUGUUCAGGCGGUUUCUCCUUCAGUUCCUUGAGAGAUCCUGUGUGGGGCGCCACAUGUUUGUGACGGGGUUCCCACUGUAGCUGGUGUGAAGCAUCCAGGCAAACAUGAAGAUCAACUUCCUUCUAGUUUCAGAUGACUUUUGUUAAACUAUAUUUUAAAAAUAAUAAAAAUACAUAGUUAGGAGUUUGGAAAUGUGUGGAAAACCUGUUUUUUACCAUGUUUUUGAUGCAUUUUCUCAUCGGUUUGUGCAUUUAUUUGCAAAAAUAGUCAGUAUAAACAUUAGCUUUUUUAAAUAUUUUUUUAAAGAUGUUUCCAAGUGAUUUUUUUUCUUCUAAUUUUUUUAUUAUGGUUUCCUGUUUUGCUCUGAGCCCAGGAAGCAUCCUCUUUCAUGAAAACCCCCCUCGGAGUUUGUUUACUGCAAGGAAAAUCUACAACUUGAGUGACAGCAAUAGGACAGUGACUCAGCUAUGGAGAGCUCUGUUGAGGCUUCCCAGGCAGGAGGCUCCAUUAAACCCAAGCCAGCUCUUGCCCCAAAGCCCAUUCUGGCUCCUAAACCUUUCUCUUUGCAAAAGAGCACCAUAGUUCGAAAGAUCCAAGCUCCUAAGACCGCUAAUGCUGGCUCCAAGGCGAAAACACCUCUCAGCGAUAAACCAAAUGCCCCCAGUAGCACCAAACCCACUUUGACCACCCCAGCUAAAGCACCCGAGUCAUCUAAUAAAACAAGUACGGAAAGCGUGACUGCCGAAAAGCCACCAACAACAGAAGAAGUUAAUGAAGCACUUCCACACAAAGAUGAGGCUCUUGAUGUUUCAUCAGAAGUUACAACUCCUGCCUUAAAAGUCACUCCCGUGGAGGAGACAACCAAACCUGAGCCUGUUGAGGUGGAGGAUGUAAUCCAGGAAAACCCCAGAGCCUCCACAGAUUCAAACUCAGAGCAAAAAGAUACGCAAAAAGAGGAGAAUGAGACUCAAGCUCCUGAUGAAGAAAAGACCGACGACAAAAGCAAUGAGAGCUCCUCUGAGACCCCUCCAGCAUUUAGCAGAGGCAGCACUCCAAGGCGUCUGUCUGCCAAGCUCAAAUCUAUGUUUGAGAUGGGUGGUCCAGCUCCGCUCCCCAAGCCUACAGUAGCUUUCUCCACGACCAAACCCAAAGAUGAAACGCAGAAACCAGAACCUCCUAAAGAGAUCCCGGCAGCGCCAGAGCCAGCGCCAUCCAAUGAAGAAGACGGCGCCAGCGAGCAGAAGGAAGAUUUCACCGGAGGGAAGAGCAUCAAGCGCAGAAUCAGUCUUCUGUUUGACUCGUCCUCCAAGCAGGAAGUCGAGACGAAGAAACAGGAGACGGAAAUUAUAAACGGCGUGCAGGGUGUGAAGGAUCGCAUUAAGAACUGGGCUGUGGAAAAAGGUUCUGAAGGUCCACAAGCUGACGAGAAACUUCAGAAUAUACCCAGAACCCGCUCCAAAAGCAUUGAGGCUACAACACCUCCAGCAGCAGAGGACACAGCCCAAACUCCUACACAGGUUCCAGAUACAGAGGAGGAAUCUGCUCCACCUUUGGAUCCGCCGUUACCUGAAGAACAAUCACCAGUGACCCAAGUAGAAACACCGAAAGAUCCCCUUAUUGACAACAAAUCAUUGGAAAUCUCUGCAGAAAUACCUGAAGAGGAGAAGAAGGUGAUAGAGGAAGAAGAGGCCCCGCCCUGCAUCAACAGUCAGGCAGCAAUCAAUGAUGAUGAUAAAGAAAGCUUAAGAAGAGAACCUGCUGAAGUGGCUAAGAAGAAGGACAGAAGGCGCUCUGUUCGCUUUGGUACCGUGGUGGCAGAUGAUGGUAGACCUCCAAUAAACCUGGGCUCAGAUCCAGAAUCCAGCACAGAGGAAGACACUGAAGAAGAAGAUGACGAAGAUGAAGAUGUGGAAUCUCCCUCAGCUUCAGUGCCCAUCCUAAUAAGUGUAAAACUGCUUCAGGAGAAGAGUGACGAGAUCCAAAGACAAAAAGAAGAAGAACUGAAACAAAAGCAGAAAGAGGAGGAGGAAGAACAGGAGAGACUGAAGUUAGAGGAAGAGCGAAAAAGAAAGGAAGAGAAGGAGAGAGAAAAGGCCAGACAGGAAAAAGAGCUUAAGCUCAGAGAGGAGGAAGCGGAAAGACGGAGGAUGCAGGAAGUAGAAAGGAAACGGUUGGAGGAGGAACAAGAACGGUUGGAAAAAGAGAGGAUUGAGAAGGAAAGACAGGAGGAACUUUUGCAGCAGAUGCAGAAAGAGGAGAGAAGAAGGGAAGAGGAGGAAAACCUGGAGAAGGAAAAGACGGCGUCAACAUUGAAAGAGAGGCAGCCACAGGAAGAAGAAAAUAGUAAGGAGGACAAUGAUCAACUGGAAGAGGAAAAAGUGAAAGAGUUUGAGGCAGUGAAGAUGAAAGAAGAGCUGGAGGUGGCGUUGAUGAAGCAAAGGCAGGAGGAGGAGGACAGAAAGAGGGCAAGGGAGAUGGAGGAAAGACUUGCCCAAGAAGAGCGAGAAAAAGAAAGAUUGAGAGAAGAGGCUGAGGAAAAAGAGAGGCAAAGACUGAAGGAAGAGGAGGAGGAGAAGUUGAGGCAAAGACGAGAGGAGGAGGAAAGGGAAAGAAGGGAGCAGGAGAAAAGAGAAAAGAUGGAAAUACUAAAGCUUAUAGAAAGACAGGAGGAGGAAAGGAAGAGACAGAUGGAGAAAGAAAGAGAGGAGCAACUAAAGACAAAAAUGCAAGAAGAAUUGGAAAAACGGCAAGCAGAAGAGCUGAAAGAAAAAAUACAGGAAGAAGAGAGACAUAGAAAAGAACUUGAGUUGAUCAUGCUGGAAGAGGUGAGCAGGGCAGAAACAGGAAAAGAAAAUCUUAUUGGCUUUGAUUUGGAGGAUUUGCCUCCAGUGUCUCUUUGUUCCCCUUCGUCGAACAUCUCUGAGCCUACAGAAAAGCUCAUCGAUGUAGAUUACGAUGAUUUCUCCGUUAAAAAUCCAGAGCUUGACGUGGAAUUUGAUGAUUUUUCCGUCAAGCCCAGAAAAUGGGGCUCGCACGCCAGAACAGAAGCCGCUCCAGCCAAACACAAGUGGGCGGCUGACCUUGAAGAUAUACUAGACUCUCUUGAAUUUACACACCAAGCACCAGCACCAGUGGAAAAAGAGGAAGAAUUGAGGCCGGUCCAGGAGCAGGCAGGGAACAAAGAGGCAGGGUUGUUGGUGGAUGUGAAUCAGGAGGAGGAAGAGGAGAAGAGCGAAGGUAGUAAAGAGGAAGACCUUCCUGCAAAUGUGGAAGUAUAUGAAGAGGAGACACCUGAGGAGGAGGAGGAGGUGGAGCCCAAACCUGAAGAAGAGGAAGAGGUGGAGGCUGGAGAGGAUGAAGCUAAAGAAGAAGAUGAUAAAAAGGUGCAGUUCAAGAGCAGAAAGAAUGAAGACCAAGACAUUAAUGCCUUGACAGAUCAAACACAGCAGCAGAAUGGGAUCUGUGAACAAACAUCGGAAAUUAGAAGAUCAAAGUUUGUGUCUGGUCACAUCCCUGAUGUCACCCCUGAAGCCUGUGAAGAGCCUGACUUACCACUGUUACCUGAGAGCUCCACUUCACUCCUCGACAUCAGCGCUCAGAAAUCAAAGGCACAGCUGGGCAGGACAAGAAACCGGGCUCGUCCAACACGCUCACUUCGAGCCAAACCCAAUCAGAACCCCAAAGUGGAACUGAGAGUCAAUGACUACUCAGAUUCAACAGAGACUGAGCAAAGACAGUCAGAUUCAGAGGAGGAGAAGCCCAAACCAAAAAUCUGUCUUUCACCGUCUUCACAGCGAGUGGCUGCAAUUCCCGGUGUGAACCCUGCAGAUCUAAUUGCUCACCUAAAAAAGAGAGGUACAGAAAAACCUGAUAUGGAGGAUGAAGCAGAAGAGAAGAAGCCAAAAGAGGAGAGAAUUGAGGAAGCAUCACCACCUCCUCUAUCCAGGUCUCCUCGGCUGCGUACUCCUCCUGCAGGAGCUGCGCUAGUGCUGCCACCUUUAGGCGGUGAUGGAAGUGUGAAGCAGUCGCCUGCCUGGUUACAAGAGCUGAAGACUAAGAAGCGAAUGAAUCAGCAGGAAUCAGCCUGAUGAUGGGGUCACUGUGGGGUAUCCCUCUGCCUGCUUUAGCUGAUGAUACAACAACAAUGGCUCCAUUCAUCAUUUGGCGUACCUUGUUUUGGAUCUUUGCUAUAGACCCCUUUGAGUGGAUUUUAGCAUCACGCUGGACUCAGACAAUCUGGAACUCUGACAUCUUAUAAAUGAAAUGUGGUGUCAUGCGGUGGCCCUGUGAUGGGUUAUGUUACCAUUUUCUACUGUUUUGUGUAAAUAAAAUGAGAGUCAAGUACUUUUACAUCUUUAAGUUACACAUGAAAUGUAACCAUUACAACAACUUUUAGAUAUAAUCUCCAGCUUCUGCUCUAAUCAUGAAAGAGCUCUUGGAUGCUGGAAGGAUCAGCCAAAAGUCCUCAUCUUCCAGACACAACUACACCAUCUGGAGUCAGCAACUGGAACACGUAAAAAAACAAAAACAUUUGCACAUAACUGCUAACUGAUGUUUACUUUUUUUGUCUUUUCGUGAAAUAUCUGGUCAUAAAUUAAAGUCAGUCUUAAAGCACUUUAACCAACUGCCAUUCACAAAGGGCAAAAGAUAAAAUAAAGAAAAACUGUAGUCGCUUAACCCAGGGAGUUUUUUGCUUUAUUUAUUUCUGUUCCACUUUUAUUCAACUCAAAGGAAGUACUUUGUUAUUUUAUUGACAUACCAAGUCGUUCUUAAAGCAUUGUGGGUUGUUUUUGGGGGCGAUGACUCAAGGAGCCAUGUUUUUUAAGCCUAAAGAAGUGCCUUGUUUUGCUUUUAUGUUCCUUUUUUUAAAUCCUCGUGAAUGAAAAUCAUGAAUGUAAUGAUACUCUUUCUGGAUGUUUAUUGGAAAUUGAGGGAAUUUUAAUAAACUUUUUUUAAUGAAA